AUGUCUUCAGACGACAACAAGCUCCGUCAGACCCUCACUGAGGGAGGCCACGUUGAGGACCGCACCCAGCCGUCUCUGCCAGUGGUCCAUCGACGCUUUGCCAACCCCUCGCCUCUGGGUCUGCUGUCUUUUGCGACAGGUAUCUUUCUCAUCUCGAGCUUUGGCGUCCACGCUCGUGGAAUCCAGACUCCCAAUGUCAUGAUCUCGGUCCUCAUCUUCUUUGGCGGAAUCUGCCAGUACCUCGUCGGAAUCAUGGAAUUCGUCGCCGGAAACACGUUUGGAACGGCAGUCUUCAUGUCUUACGGCGCCUUCAACAUCUCCUACAGCAUGAUUUAUCUGCCUGGCUCUGGUAUCAUUGCUGCAUACAUGGACUCUGAGGGCAACUUGAGCCCAGACUUUCAGCAGUCCAUCGCAUUGUAUCUCUGGGCUUGGUUCAUCUUGAGUGUCAUCUACACCAUUGCAGCCAUUCGAAGCUCUUGGGUUCUCUUUCUGGACCUGGUGGCACUUGACGUCUGCCUCAUUCUUCUUGCAACUGGAAACAUGGUUCAGAGCACCGCUGUUCUCAACGCCGGUUACGCCUUUGGAUAUUUGGUUGCCAUUCUUAGCUACUGGGCUGGUUGCGCAGGCCUCUACGCUGGAGGAACAACCCCCUUUGAAGUCCCAACGUUUCCUCUGUACAAGGAAGCAUGA